AUGGCGACCCUCACGACCAAGACUGGUCAGGUUGUUGACCGGUCGAUCCUGGAGUCCCUGCUCCGUCGCCGGCUCUUCUACUUCCCGGCCUUCGAGGUCUAUGGAGGGGUGUCUGGUCUCUACGAUUACGGGCCCCCAGGAUGUGCGCUCCAGGCUAACAUCAUCGAUCUCUGGCGGAAGCAUUUCAUUCUGGAGGAAGACAUGCUCGAGGUGGAUACGACGAUGCUGACUCCUCACGAGGUCCUGAAGACCAGCGGACACGUGGACAAAUUCGCCGACUGGAUGUGCAAGGAUCCCAAGACCGGAGAGAUCUUCCGAGCAGACCAUUUGGUCGAAGAAGUUCUCGAAGCGCGUCUCAGAGGCGACAAGGAGGCCCGUGGCCAACAGGUUCAGGUGGACGAGGAGAAGGAAGCAAAAAAGAAAAAGAAGGCGAAGGACACCAAGGCCGUCAAGUUGGACGAUGCCGUGGUCGCCGAAUACGAGGAAGUCCUGGCCCAGAUCGACAACUAUGAUGGCGAGGGGCUGGCGGAGCUGAUUAAAAAGUAUGACAUUCGGAAUCCCAGGACGGACGGGCCCGUCCUCCCGCCUGUGGCUUUCAAUCUCAUGUUCCAGACCUCAAUUGGUCCGAGCAGCAACAUGCCUGGCUAUCUGAGACCCGAGACUGCUCAGGGCCAGUUCCUUUCCUUCCAGAAGCUGCUCGACUUCAACCAGCAGCAAAUGCCCUUUGCCUCUGCCAGCAUUGGCAAGUCCUUCCGUAACGAGAUCUCCCCGCGCUCCGGUCUGUUGCGAGUCCGUGAGUUCCUCAUGGCUGAAAUCGAGCACUUCGUCGACCCGGAGGGCGGGAAGAAACACCCUCGGUUCCAUGAAGUCCAAGACGAAGUGUUGUCUCUGUUGAGCCGCGACGUUCAGCUUUCUGGCAGCACUCAAACCGAGGACAUGACCAUUGGCAAGGCGGUGUCAACUGGCUUGGUUGACAACGAGACCCUUGGUUACUUCCUCGCCCGCAUUCAAAUGUUCCUCUUGAAGAUCGGAGUGGACCGGUCUAAGCUUCGGUUCCGGCAGCACAUGUUAAAUGAGAUGGCACACUAUGCUGCUGACUGCUGGGAUGCCGAGCUGCUCACCAGCUACGGCUGGAUCGAGUGUGUUGGAUGUGCUGACCGCAGCGCUUAUGAUCUGACGGUGCACAAGAACAAGACUGGCGCUCCUCUGGUCGUCCGUGAAACACGUGCGGAACCUCUGAAGGUUGAGGAGUGGCAGAUCGACAUAGACAAGAAGAAGUUCGGUCCUCGCUUCAAGAAAGACGGCAAGACCGUGGAGGCGGCAAUUGAAGCGCUGUCUCAGGAUCUGCGCGAGAAGCUGGCUCUUGAUCUGGAGAAGGACGGCAAGAUCGAGAUUGAUGUGGAGGGGGUCGGAUCUGGGAAGGUGGAGCUGGACAAAGAUCUCAUCAAGAUCGAGAAACGGACGAGGAUCGAGCAUGUGCGUGAGUACACGCCUAACGUGAUUGAGCCUUCUUUUGGUAUCGGGCGGAUUCUAUACAGCUUGCUCGAGCAUUCGUACUGGUCACGGCCUGAAGAUGAGGCUCGCGGUGUCCUGUCCUUCCCACCAGCUGUUGCUCCAACCAAAGUGUUGCUGGUGCCUCUUUCUAACCACGAGUCGUUCCGUCCCUUGUGCCAGAGGCUGAGCAUGAAGCUACGCCGUGCCGGUAUUGCCAGCAAGGUGGAUGACUCGUCUGCAAGCAUUGGCAAGCGGUAUGCACGCAACGACGAGCUGGGCACGCCGUUUGGUAUCACGGUGGACUUCCAGUCUGUCAAGGACAACACCUUUACCCUGCGCGACCGUGACACGACGAAGCAGGUUCGCGCGAGCGAGGAGGAGAUUCUGCAGGCCAUCAAGUCGCUGGUCGACGGUGAGGAGACAUGGGAGGAUGUGCGGAAGCGGCUGCCGGAGUUCACUGGGCAGGAGCUUGAUUAA